AUGUGCUACUUCGUUUACACCCUAUACAAAUGCAGCCACUGGAUACCGCAGCCCAAUCCAGCCGACGGCCUCUACCUAAGACUAUGCAAGGAAGCCGAGACGCUGCGGCUCGGCCGCCCAUGUCCCGACACCAUACGAGAUCACAGGGUCGAGACUGUCAGCCAGGAUACAACGGCAGCGCCUUUCUGCGCCGAAGGCAAAGAUGGGGAAAAGGAAAUUCUACGCCGUGCAGGCGGGGGAUCCAUCAACUAA